AUGGCCCAACUUCUUGAAAAAUGCAUGCAGAACCUGCAGAUCCAGACACGGCUGGUCUUUGCGCGCCAAACUUUCGGCCCACGCCAUACAUCCCCAUCCAUUCUGGCGCCUGAUGGGCUGAUGGGACUCGGGGGCCCUCCGGGGACGAUGACGGUGAUGGUGCAGGCGCCGAAAUACAUCGCAAGGAUGACAAGUGGCAGCGGAUGA